UUAUUGAAGAUUUUCAUUUGUUUUUAAAUAAAAAAAAACUAUUAAAUUUUUGCCAAUUUUAUUUAUCAUAUAUCCCAUUUGUGCUUGUGUUUGUAUAUUAGUGUGUAAUUGAUUCAAUAUAAUUUCUUGAGACGAUAAUUAAAAAAAAAUAUGGAUAAUCUUCAAUCAGCGAUAUUAUCCCGCUUUACAAAUGCAAUGCCAACGCCUAUACGAUUACGGGAUCUAAUACGUCAAAUUCGUGCCGCUCGUACAGCCGCUGAUGAAAGAGCUGUUGUACAAAAAGAAUGUGCUUAUAUCCGGUCAACAUUUCGUGAAGAAGAUAAUGUUUGGCGAUGUCGAAAUGUGGCCAAAUUACUUUACAUUCAUAUGCUAGGAUAUCCAGCUCAUUUUGGUCAGCUUGAAUGUCUCAAACUCAUCGCAUCUAAUCGAUACACGGAUAAACGAAUUGGUUAUUUAGGCGCCAUGUUAUUAUUGGACGAACGCCAGGAUGUCCAUCUAUUAAUUACCAAUUCGUUGAAAAAUGAUUUAAAUAGUCCACAACAAUUCAUCGUCGGUCUAGCUCUCUGUUGUUUGGGUGCCAUUUGUUCGGCCGAGAUGAGUCGUGAUCUACUCGAUGAAGUUGAACGUUUAAUGAAAUCAUCGAAUUCUUAUAUCAAAAAGAAAGCUGCUCUUUGUGCUGCUCGUAUGGUCCGAAAAAUACCCGAUUUAACCGAAAUGUUUAUGAAUACAGCUAGAAAUUUUUUAUCGGAGAAAAAUCAUGGCUGCCUUAUAACCGGUAUUACUUUGAUCACAGAAAUGAGUGAACAAAAUCAGGAUGCGUUAAAUUUUUUCAAAAAGAAUACUGAGACUGUUCAUAGCCUGGUACGAAUACUUAAAAAUCUAAUAAUGUCUGGCUAUUCACCUGAACAUGAUGUAUCAGGUAUCAGUGAUCCAUUUUUACAAAUAAAAAUUUUGCGUCUGUUACGUAUACUGGGUCAUAAUGAUGAAAUGACCAGCGAAAUUAUGAAUGAUAUUCUAGCUCAGGUGGCAACCAAUACAGAGAGCAGUAAAAAUGUUGGCAAUGCCAUUCUCUACGAAACUGUGAUUUCUAUAAUGGAUAUUAAAUCUGAAAGUGGGCUACGUGUUUUAGGUAUCAACAUAUUGGGUCGAUUCCUAUUGAAUACGGACAAAAACAUCCGUUAUGUUGCAUUGACUACAUUAUUGAAAACUGUACAAGCUGAUUAUAAUGCAGUACAACGACACAGAACGACAAUUGUCGAAUGUUUGAAAGAUCCCGAUGUAUCUAUUAGAAAAAAAUCUAUGGAACUUUGUUUCGCAUUAAUGAACGAAAACAACAUCAAGACAAUGACCAAAGAGCUCAUCUAUUUUCUGGAAAAAGCCGAUCCAGAAUUUAAAUCCAUUUGUUCAUCCAAUCUAUGCAUCUCGGCUGAAAGAUAUGCUCCAGAUUCUAGAUGGCACAUCGAUACAGUGAUCAAAAUAUUGAAUACAGCUGGAAAUUAUGUACGCGAUGAUGUCGUUUCGUUGCUGAUUGAAUUAAUAUCAAGUUGCGAUUCAUUACAUCGUUAUUCGAUUUGUCAAUUAUGGUUACAAUUGAAAGAAGGUGAUCUAUCAAGCAAACAACCUUUGGUACAAGUUGCUAUGUGGACAUUGGGAGAAUUUGCCGAUAUGUUGCUUCAAGCAUGCGGUAGCGAAGAAUUGGAUGCAAUCGAUGUAGAUGAAAGUCAAACAAUCGAAAAAUGUGAAGAAAUUCUGUCUAUGAAUCAUGUGAAUUUAGUUACUAAAGAAUAUACGAUCAGCGCAUUAAUAAAGCUGAGCGUUCGAUUUCCCAAUCAAACCGCCAAAGUCAAACAGAUUGUUGACUUUUUUGGUUGCAGCCACAGUAUUGAAUUGCAGCAGCGUUCGGUCGAGUUUACCACAUUAUUCACUCGGCAUAAUAAACUAAGACCAAACAUUCUUGAACGUAUGCCACAAAUACCAAAAAAUGAACGUAAAAUAUUCACUAAAAAUGAAAAAUUUGAUCAAAUAAACAAAUUGGACAGUAUGGAACAAACGAAUGAAUUAAUAGCAGCUACUGGCAAUUCAGUCCCACCGAGUGACAGUUCGGUCUUAUUAGAUCUUCUUGAUAUUUCGCCUACUUCCUUAAUGAACAACACAACCAAUACAUUGCCACUAGCCGAAACCAUUUCUACAAAUCAAACAAAUGAUGUACUGGAUUUAUUAGGUAGCCUCGAAAAUAGUGAUAAUGAUAACACUACAUCUGCAAUUAGUGUAUUUAAUGAAUCAUUGGUCGAUAAUUUCAAGAAGAAUGAUAUGAAUAAUUUGGACACAAUAUUACAAUAUAACAACAAUAAUGUGAUGAAUGGCAGCGCCGAUGGUCAACAAAAUAAUUCCAUUAUAUCAUUUAACAAUGAAAAUAAUCUUUUCGAUAUGAUGUUAGAACAGGAACCGAUUGUAAAUGAAAAAAUCUCAUCAAUUACAGCAUUUGAAAAAAAUGGAUUAAAAAUUGUUUUCCAUUUCGAACGUAAUGUGGAAAAUCCGUUGACUAUUUCGAUAACGAUGAUUGCCACAAAUACUACAGAUCAGCCUAUGAAUGAUUUUUUAUUCCAAGCAGCUGUGCCCAAGUCAUUCCAGCUUCAAUUAAUGCCCCCAUCUGGUACAAUCAUUCCUGCCAAUAAUAAUGGCUCAAUAAAACAAAUGAUCAGAGUGGUCAAUCCGAAUAAGGCUCAACUGAAGAUGCGUUUACGUUUAUCAUACAAAUUUCAAGACCAGGAUACACUUGAACAAUGUGAUGUAACAAACUUUCCGAAAAAAACUUGGCAAUGAAACAAUGACAUCAUCGUGGUUGGUCAUCAUCUUUCUAAAUUAUCAAUCUACAAAAUUUCAUUACAAUAUAUCAUGACAAGUGCCUUUUUUAUUUGAAAGAAUGUCAAAUGGAAUUAUUCGAUGCAAAAUGGAAAAAUGAUUAGAUUGUUUGCUGUAAAUAUACAUCUAUCUUUUAUUGCUGCUUGUAUUACAGAAUUAAUUUAUUAACAAACGAUCGAUUGAUAAGAAUUUAGUCAUUUAUCAUAAUUGUUACAAAAAUCAAUCAAUUUUAUCAAUAUAAAAACUCAAUCACUCGAUCAUAAAAGUGCAUGUAUCACGAAAAAGAUUUUAAAUUAAAUGAAUAAUAUAAUGAUCAUCAAGUUUCAUUUCAA